AUGUCCCGCUUGACCUACCCGGACUGCGAGAGCCCGGUGUUCCUGCGGUUGCGGAGCGAGGUGGAGCUGACGACCGAGCUGCAGGGCGUGCGGCUAGCGCUGGAGCACGCGCCCGUCGAGCCCUGUCCGCUCGCGUCGGCCGUGGCCGACUCGGCACCCAUCAUCACGAGUUGGAAGCUCGCCUCCUCGGAGUCGGCUUGCGCCGAGCGGCGUCAGCCGCCAGGCGGAGCAGAGGCGACGCCAGGGCAGCUGGACGGGGGUGCGAAGGCGGUGCAAAGGUUGGCGGGGAGUUGUGCGGGGGCGGUGCGAGAGACGGCUGACUGCGGCGGAGAAGCGACGCAAGAGCCGGUGGACGGUGGUGCGGGGGCGGUGACGGAUCCGGAUGCAGGUGGAACAGAGGCGAUGCGAGAGUCGGUUUGUGACGACCCGGAGGCAUUGCCAGAGUUGACGGGCGGCGGCGAAGGCACGGGUCAUCGUCCGGUGGGCGAUGGCGCAGAGCCGGUGCCAGGGCCGGUGGGUGGUGGAGCUGGACCGACGACGCCGACCCCGGACGGUGACGUCGGUGAGCUCCGGCCGGACGCCAGCUCUCCGCCGGAGCAGGACAGUGAGCUACGGCGGACCAUUGGCCGGCUGGCGCUGCGGGCGCUCAGCUCCGACUCGACCCUGUACCAGGUCAUCAGUCUGGUGGAGACGCACGGUGUCACUCUGCCCACGGGUGCCGCCCACCCCGGUGGUCCAAUUAUUGGUACAUAG